AUGAUACCGCGGCGCGCUCAUACACGCGCGCUCGCCUCGCGCUCUGAGCAUCGCGCCGGGUGUCGGGAUGAGUGCGGAGGUUCCGGCGGGUCUGACCGACCUGCUGAUGGGUUCGGUACUGCGGUUCGGUACUUCACGUGCCUGCGGGAACGGAGGAGCUCCGCGCGCGCCCCCGGGCGAUCUCCGGUGACCCGCGGCGACGCGUUUGACCGCGAUUCCACCGCGACAGACUCGAGCGAGGAAGAGGAGGAUGAAGACGAUUUCCCAGAGGACUUCACCUUUAAACCACCUCCGCCCAGUAAAUGUAACAGAAGAGUUUCAGUGUGUGCAGAAUCUUAUAAUCCAGAUGAUGAUGAUGGUGGUGUGAAGUCGAUGGUUGUUCAUCACAAAACUGAGGAGCAGCGCCGUCGACUUCAGGACACCUGCAGAGACAUUCUGCUCUUCAAAACUCUCCAGCAGGAUCAGUUUAGUGAGGUGUUGGACAGUAUGUUUGAGGUGCUGGUCAAACCUCACGAGUGCAUCAUCAGUCAAGGAGAUGACGGUCAUAACUUUUAUGUCAUCGAAAGGGGUGUGUUUGAUAUCGUGAUACAGAAGGAUGGAGUGAGUCGCUGUGUGGGUCAGUAUGAUAAUAAAGGCAGUUUUGGUGAACUCGCCCUCAUGUACAACACACCUCGAGCCGCUACCAUCAUCUCCACUCAGGACGGAGCGCUGUGGGCUUUGGACCGAGCCACAUUUCACACGCUCAUCGUGAAAAUGAAUGCCAAGAAGAGAAAGAUGUAUGAGCGUUUCAUUGAGAGUGUGCCGCUCCUCACAUCACUGCAGUUAUCAGAGCGAAUGAAACUUGUUGAUGUUUUGGGGAUGAAAUCUUUCAAAAUCAAUGAGCAGAUCAUAAAACAGGGUGAUAAAGCCGACUGCUUUUAUAUCGUGGAGUCCGGGGAAGUUAAAAUUAUGAUUCAAAGCAAAACGGCAGCGGGUCGGCGGGUGAAUGAGGAGGUGGAGAUCGCCCACUGCACUGCAGGACAAUAUUUCGGAGAGCUGGCGUUGGUCACAAAUAAACCCAGAGCUGCGUCUGUGUACGCGUCAGGAGAAACCAGAUGUUUAGUGAUUGAUGUGCAAGCGUUCGAGCGCCUGUUGGGUUCCUGUAAGGAGAUUUUGAAGAGGAACAUUUCUCACUAUGAACAACAGCUGGUGGCUCUCUUUGGUUCCAAUGAUGAUUUCAAACAUUAAUAAACCUGUAAAGCACUUACUACAAACAAACAUUACAAUUCACAACUAUAAUCACAAGCCUUAAACGUGACAUGAGUGUAAUAUAAAAAAAACGAAACGAAGAUUACCACCAUUAGAAACGGAUCUUGUUGCUUAAGAAAUGUGUUUAGAGAGUCGUGGCCUAAUGGUUAGAGAGUGGGACUCGUGACCAGAAGGUUGCCGGAUUGAUUCCCAGGGCCGGCGGGGUAACGACUGAGGUGCCCUUGAGCAAGGCACCUGACCCCUACUUGCUCCCCGGGCGCUGCAGUGAUAGCUGCCCACUGCUCCGGGUGUACGUGUGUUCACCACUUGCUGUGCGUGUGUUCACCACUCUCUGGAUGGGUUAAAUGCAGAGGUCACAUUUGGGGUAUGGGUCACCACAUCUGACAAAUAGGUCACUUCACUUCACUUCACUUACUAUAACUGAGAUCAACAUUUGACACUACAUUGCCAUUCACUGGCAUUUAGCAAACAAACCAUUGCAUUUAGAUUGAUAGUUUUGGCCUUUUUAGUUUUUAUAGCUUUUUUAAUCACAUUUAUUUGUUUUGCUUGGUCAUGGCUGACUAAAAUCUUAAAACUAAUUUAAAAAAGAUCAACAGUAGAGCUUCACACUGACCCUCUAGUGGUGUUCUGUUCUUAAAUGUGAUGACUUGAUUGGAAAAAACUUUAAAGGAGCAGUAUAGUAUCAUGACCUUACUGGCGAACUAAAGUUGGUUUAUUCACAACAACAAAAAAACAAUUCUUAACAGUGAAGUGUCUGAAAAAAAUAAAAAUACGAGUUUUUUACCAUUUGAGUUUGACAGAGAGUCUUAAAAACUGCAUUGGGGACAUGAAAAAAUGUCUGCAGUCCAUUAAAGAAAAGACCUUGAAUGUAACUUAAAUUAGUUGACGUUUAAUACAGUAAAAAAAAUGUAAACUGCUAACGAGCAUCGUUCAAUCAAUACUGAAGCCACAUUUUAAAAACUCUUCAUACAAUCUAUUACUGUUGGCCAAACAGUUCAUCUCACCUCCAAAACUCACUCCAACCAACAAUACACUUCAUAUAUGUUUUGCAAUAAGCUCAUUCCAACAUAAUACUGAAUGUAUUGAACAAUGCUUGUUAGCAGAUGAAAGUUUUUUUUAACUCAAUUCUCCAGUGCAAAUUUGUUUUUUUCAAGUGAUAGGCUAUGAGAGACCAAUUUUCUUUUAUUGCACUUAUGCUUUUUGCUGUCCUUAUGUUGUUCCAAUUGCUUCCAUUGUUUCCCUCAUCUGCGAGUCGCUUUGGAUAAAAGCGUCUGCUAAAUGACUAAAUGUAAAAUGUAAGUUACCAAAUUGUAGUAAUGACGCAUAUUUGCACCUCGUUAUCUUUCUGUGGCUUUAAUUCUAGUCCAGAUCAAGAUCUCAAACUCAAAAACAUCAAGAUUCUUGAUCCCUAAACACAAUUCACAUUUGUUUUUUAUUCCUCCGAAACAUCUUACCUCAUAGAUGUCUAUUGUGUUAGUACAUUACUAAACUUAGAGAACAGUAUUUACAUUUUUUAAAAGCAGGACAUUACUUGAUC